AUGGCUCCACACAAAACCAGUUCGUCCACACAAGCACAAAGCAGACAAAUUCUCCCAUCGAACCUAGACGACGCUCAAACACCGCUGUUAAGACCUUCUUCGCAGGAACUGAACGAUGAAAGCACAUCGCGAUGGGCGCAAUGGCGGAUGAAAACACAGGAUUUCUGGCUCCAGAGUAAAGGCAUGAUCCUGGUAUUGUUGUCGCAGUUCUUUGGCGCUAGUAUGAAUGUCAUGACGCAGUAUCUUGAGAUUGAUGGAGAGCGUGGUGCUGGUAUGGAUCCUUUUCAGAUCCUCUUCGCCCGCAUGUCCAUCACAGUCAUCGCCAGCUACCUCUACAUGUGGUACGCGCAAGUCCCUGACCCCCUUGGCCGUCGACCAGUCAUUGGCCUACUAACACUACGAGCCGUGGGUGGCUUCUUCGGUGUCUUUGGACUAUACUACUCAGUCAAAUACCUCCCUCUCUCCGAAGCGACGGUCUUAACCUUCCUGGCACCGAUCCUGAGUUGCUACGCGACCUCCUUAUUCGUGGCCCAUGAGACAUUUACCUGGAAACAGCAGCUAGCAGGCGUGGUAUCGCUAGGCGGAGUGGUCCUCAUCGCGCGACCGUUCUCCCCAAUGAGCGCACCCUCAGAUAGCCCCUCGGACGGCGCGCAAGCCGACGAAUUGCACCAUCUACUUGCGAUAUUGAUGGCUCUAGUGGGCGUGCUAGGUGCGGCCUGCGCAUACACCACAAUCCGCAUGAUCGGCAAACGCGCCCACCCACUCGUCUCCGUAACUUACUUCUCUGUCUACUCAACGCUCAUAUCUUGCAUUGCCAUGGCCGUCCUGCCCUCUGUGGACUUCAAGCUGCCCUCGACGGGCAUCGAGUGGACAUUGCUGGUUGCGCUGGGCGUGUGCGGGUUUCUGCUGCAGUUCCUGCUCACAGCGGGGUUGGCGUAUGUUCCGCCGGGGCAGGCGGCUGGGUCGGGCAACCGCGCAACGUCGAUGGUGUAUACGCAGAUGCUAUUUGCGCUGUUUUAUGAUGAGGUUGUUUGGAAGAAUACGCUGUCGGCGAUGAGUUGGGCGGGGUCCGGGUUGAUUCUGGUGAGUGCGAUCUAUGUGGCUAUGGCGAGGGAGCCGCGGGGUGAUGUUGUGCAGGUGCAGGUACAGCAUGCAGAUGAAAGGAAUGGGGGAGAAGGCCAUAAUGUCUAG